AUGGCUUGUCGACCACACGGCCUAUCGCGCACCCUGCCGAAGAACUUCACCUUUUCUUCGUCGGGCGAGCCUCGCACACCGGAGCGCGUCUCACAUCACCUGGAUGUGCCGCCGCCUCCCCCUCGUCAUUCCAGUUGCCGCUUACGUAGGUCCCGCGUCCGCUCGGGGACCGAUGUCUUUGCGCAGGCCGAAUAUGACCUCAGCACGUUCAACCCCAACCCAUCCGAUGUCCCUAUCCCCUCGAUUGAAGUCCCUUCUUACGACGCUUUUGCGGGCCCCUCGUGUCCAGCAGUACCCUCCCGUGAUGACCGUUUUUUAGCGCCGCCCCGGGAUCGCCUGGCCAUGAAAACACCUCCGGCUCAGAUUCGCCCCGACCCGAUCGAGGAUAACAAUACCGCAUCGUGGUCUCUGGAGGACCCGCAGGCUCUGGGAGAGAGUAUUCAACGUCCUAGUUCCGUCUGCUCACAAGCAUCGGACUCGUCCGUCUCCUCGAUAGAAACGUUUAGCUCCCGGCGCUCGGCGGGUGGAAGCUGUACCAGCAUGGAGAGCGACUCAUACGACCCAUUCUUCCACCUGGAGCUUCCACCAAAACCUGCGCCUGAGACGCCCUCUCUGUGUCGAACGCGCAAUAAGAACAAGGCACGGAUGCUGCACGCCAAGGAACGUUGGACCCUGGACAUGGACAACCAUCUAUGGAAUACUUACCAGCUCUACAUCCAAGACCCUACCAUCACCCCUUUCAAAAUGACUCCGGGCAGCAUUCCGCCACUUGGAGUCACUCACCGUGUUGCCCGAGAGGCCAAGCGGACGUGGGAGAGAAGGCGCUUUAGACUCGACCGACAGUUUCCCUUCGCGCUCUCCUACCAACGUCCAUCUAGCAACUCGACUCCCACUCCCAAGGUUGAUGCGGUGAAGCCUACCUGGCCUAAAUCAGAAGCCUCGACGCGGCGCAGGCUAAAACUACUGUGUAGAAAGAAGUUUUCGAUUGCUCCUCACUACCAGAGAAUGAUGCAAUCUCGGAGCCCGACGCCGUUCCUGGACUUGCUGUCCCAGCCGUCUGCAGAACCUUCCAGGGCUGUGGGCCCUACCAAUAGCUGCACGGCCUAUGCGACGCGCGAUCUGGGUGUGUCUCUCGUUUCCAGCUCCGUACCUGGGCCUCUGGCUCAGCUGGCAGCGGAAGACUCUUCGCCUCCGAUGAGCAACGAAUGGUUCAACAAUCCCAUACUCAGUGCGCCUCGCCAACUCAUCCCAGAGCCACCUACAAUACACCCUGGUACUGCCCCUAGACUAGAGCCCGUGCCACGACUAGGAUCGCCAUUUACGUAUAACACCUGGGGUCCCAAUGCCUCGAGAAAGCGACCUCAGCGUCAUACCCCUAGGGCUCGGCGAGAAACAAUCCAUGUGACGGGCUCCCGGCUACGUUCUCCGCCCCGUAUGGAGCCAUUUCCGAACGUCGACCAUCAUCAACACCUGGCUCCUUAUGUGGCCACUACCAGCGAAUCGCCAGCGGAACAAGAUACGCGGGUGCAGCUAGAAGACCUUGUCCGUCAAGGAAAGCUCAAUGAUUUAGGUCAGCACCGCAUACGCAUUCGCAACCGUGGAGCCACGAUAAGUUCAGUGAACCACAAAGGCCUCGACCAGUUGUUCUCCCCACCGUCGUCGUCCUCUCGAAACGACGAAGAUACCAUGGUCGGAAAGCCCAUCGUCAAUCCUAUGUUGAAUCUCAGUGGCGACAGUAUCAAGCGUUUGGGCUCCCCCUUCAAGGUAGAAACCCCCAAACGAGCCCAGCCGUCGCCUAGGCGCAUUCGCCACGCGCCGUCGCUCUCGGAUCCCUUCGCAAGCGGUCUUAUACCAACAUUCCAGCCGACGAGUCCCAACAGUCAAUCGAAGAACGAAGAAAUGGCUAGUCGGCUCCCGUACGAUCCGACGGAGCAAGGCAUCUCCGAUGCAGAGCGCAUUCGAAGGCAAAUCCUGAACAUGCCGUACUCGAGGCAAUAG